CGCUUACUGUGUGCAGAGCACUGGACUAAGCGCUUGGGAAGUUCAAGUUGGCAACAUAGAGAGACGGGCGGGCUCACGGAGGAAUGGCUCGGUCUAUGGGCCAGCGGGAGCCGGGGCCACGGCCCGGAGUUUUCCUGCUCCUCCCACCCCUGUUCCUGCUGCUGGCAUCCGCAGUUGAGGACGCCGCCCAGGUGCAGCCCCUCGUGACCCUGGAGCAGCUCCUGUGGGUGAGCGGGAAGCAGAUCGGCGCCAUCGACACCUUCCGCAUCCCCCUGAUCGCCGCCACCCCCCGGGGGACCCUCCUGGCCUUUGCCGAGGCCCGGAAGAUGUCCGCGUCCGACGAGGGGGCCAAGUUCAUCGCCUCCCGACGCUCGGUGGACGGAGGCUCCACGUGGUCCCCCACGGCCUUCAUCGUGGACGACGGGGAGGCGUCCGACGGGCUGAACCUGGGCGCCGUGGUGUCGGACGAGGACACGGGCGUCGUCUUCCUCCUCUUCUCCCUGUGCGCCCACCGGGCCGGCUGCCCCGUCUCCUCCACCAUGCUCAUCUGGAGCAAGGACGACGGGCUCAGCUGGAGCAACCCCCGCAACCUGUCCCUGGAAAUCGGCACCGAGACCUUCGCCCCGGGGCCCGGCUCCGGCAUCCAGAAGCGGCACGAGCCGCAGCGGGGCCGCCUCAUCGUGUGCGGCCACGGCACCCUGGACCGCGACGGCGUCUUCUGCCUCCUCAGCGACGACCACGGGGCCUCCUGGCGUUACGGGGCCGCCCUCCGCGGCCUCCCCUUCGGCCAGCCCAAGCGCGACGGCGACUUCAGCCCGGACGAGUGUCAGCCCUACGAGCUGCCCGACGGCUCGGUGGUGAUCAACGCUCGGAACCAGAAUAACUACCACUGCCGCUGCCGCAUCGUCCUGCGCAGCUACGACGCCUGCGACACCCUGCGGCCCCGGGACGUGACCUUCGACCCCGAGCUGGUGGACCCCGUGGUGGCGGCCGGGGCCGUGGCCACCCGCUCCGGCCUGGUCUUCUUCUCCAACCCGGCCCACCCCGAGCAACGGGUGAAUCUGACCCUGCGCUGGAGCCUCAGCAACGGUACCUCGUGGGGGAAGGAGACGGUCCAGCUGUGGCCCGGCCCCAGCGGCUACUCCUCCCUGGCCACCCUGGAGGCCACCGACUCGUGGGGAGAGCGGGCCCCCCAGCUCUACGUCCUGUACGAGAAGGGCCGCAGCCGCUACACGGAGGCCAUCUCUCUGGUCAAGGUCAGCGUCUACGGGACCUUGUGAGAGUGGCCGAGGGGGGAAGGACCGCGUGCCCCCCUGCCGCCUUGAGACUCAACCCUCCACUGGAGGUCCAUUGCACAGGCUGCUACGGCUCAGGCGGCCCUUCCUUUCCCCACCCGGCUCCCGGAAAGCCCUUCCCUUUGGCUGAUCUAUAGACCUUUCUUCUUCCCCUUAGCCCAAUUUGAUGGAUCACGUUUGCACAGAUCUGUUCCUAAAUGAAGUCCCUCCUCAGGGUGAGGCCCUUUCCUGCUGCUCCCUCUGCCCCACCACCCUGUGGGAUGGGGGGAGCCUCUUUAUCAGUAAAUUGGAUCUCUGCUGUGG